GAUCAAGUGCGCAUUGCGGAUUUCCUAAAAAGAGCUGCACGGAUGCAAGUGCCCAACAAUUUGUGACGAUGAUCGAGCGCGUCGCGGAUCUCCUGCCGUUCCUGUACGACGUUCCCAUCACGUAUCGCAAGCAGGAUGCUGUUCUGGAGGGUUUCGUCGCGGAAGGCGGCUACGUCUGCGCCUGCACCUCGCCCUGCGAUUACCGCCGCGGCGGCAAGGCGUUGUCGGCGCUGCAGUUCGAGAAGCACGCGGGGGCGGUCUCGAAGAACCAGAACGGCCACAUCUUCCUCCGCAACGGCACCUCGCUCUACGCGCUCUUCCACGCGCUCAGGGAGGUGCCCGCCCAGCGCUUCGCCGAGGACUUCCGGAUGGCCGCCGGAGUGCAGAUGACGGUACCCGCCGCCACCGGUGCGCCGCUGGCGGCCCGCGAGCCGGAUAGGCUUCAGGCCAGCGACCUGACAGCGGAGCAGGCCCCUUGUGCCGCGGCGCAGGAGGCUCAGACCUUGGAUAAUCUGACCGAGGAGGAGAAGGCCAGCUUGUCUCUUCUUGACUUGAGGGCACAUAGUUCGGUAACUGAAUCAGAUCCUAUGGACGGCAUUGAAGGGUCUUCUAUCCACCCCAGCUUGAGUUUGAGAGACGUUGCAGAGGAGAUUGAGAAUGCAGCCCGUUGUGAUCAUUCAAUGCCUGAUGUAGGCGGGGUAAGGGAUGCACCUAGGGAUAGUGGGGGUUUGCUGACAGACACUCUUGUUACAGUGCCAGUGAUGGAAUUUAAGUAUCAGCCAGUGCGGAUGGCAGACACAAAGUAUGACCAAAUUAUGAUGGAAUCGAAGUAUCAGCCAGUGCGUAUGGCAGAAACAAAGUACCGGCCAGAAACUUUACUUAAGGAUGUGAGGGGAUUGCUGUCCACUGGGCUUCUUGAAGGUUUCAGUGUGACCUACAAGAAGAAUGGGGUGGCGAUGACUGGGCGCAUAGAAGGACAGAGAUAUUCUUGUGGUUGCCUGCAAUGUGGUUACAGUACUAAAAUGAAUGCAUGUGAGUUUGAGCAGCAUGCUGGCCAGUCAUCCAACAACCAAAAUGAUCACAUAUUCUUGGACAGUGGAAUCUCUCUCUAUAAGUUGAUACAAGCACUUAAAUAUAAAAAACUUCACUUGCUUGCCGAUUUGAUUGAAGAACAGACUGGUCUCCCUCCAAAUCUGAUUGAAUAUGGAAAGUGGAAAGCUUCAUUUGAAGUGCAAAAUGAUGAUUUAGAGGAUGCAGCUUCAGAUCAUUGUUCAACUCAAAGUUCGCAAGAUUCAGAUGCAGGAGUGACAAGUCAUAUAGCUUUAGCCACUACUUCGACAGUUUCAAUGAAAGAAUCUACAAGCAAUGGCAUCUCAAACCUGAAUUGGAGUGCAUUUAGGAGGCCACGCUGGCAGUAUAAACGAGGAGGCACUGCAACUUCAACUCAAACCUUGAGUAGAAGCCCUGAGAAAGGAAUUUCAGGUCUAUCUACUGGCACUUCAAUGAAGAUUAACACUGAGGAAACUCCUAGCGAGAAUACUGCUGGCCCUCUCCAUUCUGAGGUUAUAAAGCCUAAGUUUGCUGGACCUGCUGCAGUAAUAUCGGCCUCUUUAGAAUGUGAUCCCACAAAUCCAGCAUUUUCCUUGUCAAGGCCAGUUUCAAUCGUUCAAGAGCCACCCCGGGGCCACAGCGUGGGCCCAAAGUCAAAAGAAUCACGUACUUCAAAAGUGAGGGAUAAUUCUUUGCAUCAGCUGGUUUUCAAGGAGGGUGGCGUUCCAGAACUUACAAUAUUGACCUACAAGUUGAAGCAUGGAGAGGUUCUAAAGCAAGGUUACAAACAGGGAACAUGCAUAUUAUGUGAUUGCUGCAGUGAAGAGUUUACUCCGUCACACUUUGAAGAACAUGCUGGAAUGGGGAAAAGACGUCAACCGUAUCGUAACAUCUAUACUCCAGAAGGAUUGACACUUCAUGAAUUGGCGCUAAAACUGCAAGGUGGUUUAAAUUCAAAUGGAAACAGCAGUGCUAAUUUCCCUGGUGGUGAUGAACCCCCUAACCUUUCUUCAGGUUCUAGCAGAGAAUCUUCUACCACAUAUAGACCUAGUAUUGUUCCCUUGAAACGGACAUUGCAACAAAUAGCUGAUAAAACAGAGAGCUGCCGUUUGUGUGGAGAUGCAUGUACGACGAUUGGAACAAUCAGCGAAGACAUGAUUGUCUUCUGUAACCAGUGCGAGAGACCAUGCCAUGUCAAGUGCUACAACAAUGGACUUCAAAAACAGAAGGGACCUUUGAAUGUUUUAGCGGAAUAUAUGCAAUUUCAUUUUUUCUGCUGUCAAAAAUGCCAGUUACUUCGCGCUUCUUUGCACGAAGUACUGAACAAGCGUGAAAAGAUCAGACAGAAAAGAUCCUAUGUUUUUUGGCAAAUUUUAAAUGGAAUGAAUCCGGGAAUCAACGUGCAGAAGUACAUUCAUCAGGUUAUUGAAAUCUUCAAAGUUGCGUUUCCAAAAACAGCUGCCUCUGACUUUGGUGUCAUACAAGAUAUGGUUAAUGCCAAGGAUGUUGGUGGAGAGAAGGAUUUUAGAGGAAUGUACUGUGCGGUGCUAACCACAAGCAGUAAGCUUGUUGUGUCAGCUGCGGUUCUGAAAGUGCGCACAGAAGAGGUUGCAGAACUUGUCAUCGUCGCUACAUGUAAUCAGUUCAGGAAGAAGGGCUACUUCACACUUCUCCUAAGGCAAAUUGAGGCACAUCUGAAAGCCAUGAAUGUACGACUUCUUACGGCACUUGUUGAUCCUGAAAUGGAAUCAAUCUGGUCUAAGAAGCUUGGCUUCACAAUUUUGUCUGGUGAAGAGAAGGAAACACUGCUGGAGGCACACCCCUUGGUGAUGUUUGAGGACCUAACAUUGAUGCAGAAAUCCCUUGCUAGCAAACCGGACCCCGUUGUUGCAAGGAAUCACGUUACAGUUGGAGAGCCAAGUGCACAGUUUUCGUAGCCUACAUGCCAGCCUAAUGGAUGACUACAAGCUCGACCUCUGUAGGGACUAGCUAGGUUGUAGGUUGUAGCCUAAGUUAUGUUACAUGUAGCAGUAUGCAGUCAUCUUUUUUCGUAUUUUACAUGAAGAACGUAGUCAUCUGAUGUGAUGGCAGAUGCUCUCGUGUCCGAGUGUUAACGGGUGCCAACUUCUGGUGUUUAAAGUCAGUUCGGUUUGUACUUGUAGAUGUUCAUAUCGGUGCAGUAGAAUGUGCGCGUAUUGCACUGA